AUGGAAAAACAAGAAUCUGACUGCGCCAAGAAAGCUCCAAAAUCAAAUAAGGAGAGAUCAAGACAACACAGGCUUAGGAAGAAGAACUUUAUUGAGAGAACUCUUCAAGAAUGCAUUCAGCUUAAGGAACAGAUCAGAGUUCUGACUCUUGAGAAUCAAGAACUUAGGAAGAGUAUAAAAGAGAAGGAAAGUAACAGUCUUGAUCAGAGGAGAGUUAACCAGAAGUCUCAGUUUGAACAUCCCUUGCAUGAGUAUGAAGAUUAUGUGUUCAAUACAUUGUCAAAGAAGAUAAUUGCUAAUCCUGAAGAGGUUAGGUAUACGGAGCUUGAGCAAGUUACUGAAAAUAUUUGUGAAUGGAGUCCUCUUAGGAUUGAUUACAUUAAAACCUGAUUUAAAAAAAUUCUUGACAGCAUGGUUUGUCUUAGUUCCAGAUCUUACUAUGCUUGAAAUAGCGUUCUUCCUUUUAGUGGUUGGAGUGAUAACUCCAAUCUCAGAAAAAGAAGGAAGAAAUACUUCUCAAAAUCCCCUGCUCAUCUCUCCCUCGAACACACCCUAUCAAGCCUCAAAUUCUCUUCACACUCAAAAUCCUCGUUUUCCAAAUUCCAUAAGCCUUUAAAGCAAUUUCACAAGAAAUUUAAGAAAAUAGCCCAGUGUCUGGUCAAGCAGAGGAAUAAGCUGUUUAAUUUGUAUCAAGAUAUCAAAGACUUUGAAGAGAAAUCGAGUUUUUGUGAUGAAUAUACGAAGACUGAUGUAGUGAAUGAUUUUGUAGUGAUUGAGAAGAUUAAGGAUACUACAUUGGUACAGAAUCAUGGAUUUUAUAAUAUCUCAAAGAAGGAUCAUUUGGAUGAUAGGUACCAAGAUGCAGAGCUAACUGAGUAA